CAUCCUAACUUCAAACCGCAAGUAUCAAUGGCCCAAGCUAGUUCCACAUUGCUUAAUUCAUCCUUCAUUAAUUCAGUUUCUAGUUUUGCCAAUAAUCCUCAGAAGCCACGAGCAUGGGCGUAUCUAAAGAAAAGUUGGCAGGGAAUUACUGUUUCCCCUAUUCGAUGCAUGGCAACUACUUCAGAUGCUAAUUCUCAAAGAAAAUCAGCUCAUUAUGAACCUAAUCUCUGGGAUUAUGAUUUCUUGCAGUCCUUGAAACAUGACUAUGCGGAUGUAAGAUAUGGGGAAAGGGCAAGGAAGCUGAGAGAGGAAGUGAGGAGAAUGAUUAAGGAUGAAAAAACAGAGAUAUGGACCACAUUAGAGCUUGUCGAUGAUGUGAGACGCUUGGGCCUCGGUUACCAUUUUGAGAAGGAGAUAAGAGAAGCACUUGAUAGGUUUCUACAUUUCAAAAGAGAGCAUAGUGGUACAAUUAAUCACACAAGUCUACAUGAGACGGCUUUAAGCUUUAGGCUUCUCAGGGAGUAUGGCUACCAUGCCUCCGCAGAUAUUUUUAUGAGCUUCAUGAACCUUGAUGGUAAUUUUGAGGCGAACCUAAUUGGUAAGGAUGUAAAAGGAAUGUUGAGUCUCUAUGAGGCAUCAUUUCUCUCUUAUGAAGGAGAACAAAUAUUAGAUGAGGCAAAGACCUUCACUAUUUUGCACCUCAAGAGCGCCAUGAGUGAUGAUAGUAGCAAUUAUCUCUUAGAACAAGUGAAUCAUGCUUUGGAGCUUCCACUACAUCGUAGAGUCCAAAGGCUUGAAGCGCGGUGGUAUAUUGAUUCAUAUGCAAAAAGAAAAAAUGCAAAUAAGGUUUUGCUUGAAGCAGCCAAACUGGAUUUUAACAUUGUCCAAUCAACAUUGCUAAAGGAUCUCCAAGAAAUGUCAAGGUGGUGGAAGGGAAUGGGACUAGCCCCAAAGUUAAGCUUCACUCGCGACAGGUUAAUGGAGUGCUUCUUUUGGACGGUUGGAAUGACUUUUGAGACUCAGUAUAGUGAUAUCCGCAAAGGUUUAACCAAAGUAACUUCACUAAUAACUACAAUUGAUGACAUUUAUGAUGUGUAUGGCACUUUGGAUGAAUUAGAACUCUUCACAGCAGCCGUAGAAAGUUGGGAUAUUAAAGCAGUCCAAGUGUUGCCAGAGUACAUGAAGAUAUCCUUCUUAGCCCUCUACAAUGUUGUCAACGAAUUGGCUUAUAAUGUACUAAAAGAACAAGGGCAGGAUAUCCUACCCUACCUCACUAACGCGUGGUCAGUUAUGUUGAAAGCAUUCCUACAAGAAGCUAAGUGGUGCCGGGACAAACAGUUGCCAAACUUGGAUGACUACCUCAACAAUGCAUGGGUGUCGGUGUCAGGUGUAGUUAUAUUGACGCACACUUAUUUCUUGCUGAAUCACAACAUAACAAGGGAGGCACUUGACGCCUUGGACAAUUACCAUGCCCUAUUGCGCAGACCAUCCAUUAUUUUUCGACUUUGUAAUGAUUUGGGUACUUCUACGGCCGAGUUACUGAGGGGUGAAAUAGCAAAUUCGGUUAUGUGCUACAUGCGUGAAAGUGGUGUGAAUGAAGAUGAUGCUACUAAACACAUCCGUAAUUUGCUUGAUGAGACAUGGAAGAAGAUGAGUAAAGAUCGAGUCACUCAUUCACCUUUCCCAAAACCAUUUGUAGACACAGCUAUCAACCUUGCUAGAAUUUCUGAAUGCACAUACCAAUAUGGAGAUGGGCAUGGAGCCCCAGAUAGAAAAUCAAAGAGUCGAGUCCACUCUUUGAUAAUUGAACCCAUUGUCCUUGUGGAGACGAUUGCAAAUCACCAUGAGUGUGAAACAUUACCAAUUCAUGUCCUAAAUUGAUCAGCUUCACUUUAAGAGAAUUGAGAGAAGUAAGAGAUAUAAUAAGUGAUAAUAUGAUAUAAAGAAGAGAGAUUUCAAGGGAUGCUAAUUGAUUUGGAUUUCAAGUGGUUUGCUAUCUGGGGGUAGUUGCUACUUGGUCAUAUGGUGGGCAUCUUAUGUAUUUACUUGGGGGAUCUGUUGUAUUUGAAGGCGUUUAGCCUAUUCCCUCCCCUGCUUUUGCAAUCUUUGUGGGAGCACUCUGAAUCUUGCUACCUCUUUUACUUUUCUCUAUUUUUCUAUAUUUGUAAUUGGGUUA